GGACAAGAUCAGGUGAAAGAAAGGGGAGAGAGAGAACGACCAGGGGCUGUUAAGUUUGUCCCAUAAUCCACACUCUCAGAAAGUGUUGCCUCCCCUUGAGCAGCGAGGAUGGAGAACGCUCACACUCAAGAGUCACAGGUAUGCCUGUCCUACUUCAGUGUCACUGAGAACACCGGCCUCUCAUCCGACCAGAUCAAGAAGAACCUGGCCAAGUAUGGCUUCAACGAACUGCCUGCUGAGGAAGGUAAAUCCCUCUGGGAGUUGGUGGCAGAGCAGUUUGAGGAUCUAUUGGUCAGGAUCCUGCUCCUGGCUGCCUGCAUCUCUUUUGUUCUGGCCUGGUUUGAGGAGGGAGAGGAAACUGUAACUGCUUUUGUUGAGCCUUUUGUCAUUCUGCUCAUCCUUAUCGCCAAUGCUGUGGUCGGAGUUUGGCAGGAGCGCAAUGCUGAGAGUGCCAUUGAGGCCCUGAAGGAGUACGAACCAGAGAUGGGCAAGGUGUACCGUGACGACAGAAAGAGCGUGCAAAGGAUUAAAGCCAGGGAGAUCGUCCCUGGUGACAUUGUGGAAGUGUCAGUUGGUGAUAAAGUCCCCGCUGAUAUUAGAAUCACAUCCAUCAAAUCCACAACUCUGCGUGUUGACCAGUCCAUCCUAACUGGUGAGUCUGUGAGUGUGAUUAAGCACACAGAGUCUGUUCCAGACCACAGAGCCGUCAACCAGGACAAGAAGAACAUGCUUUUCUCUGGCACAAAUAUUGCUGCAGGCAAGGCCAUUGGUGUAGCUGUGGCCACUGGCGUCUCCACGGAGAUUGGUAAGAUCCGUGAUCAGAUGGCAGCCACUGAGCAGGAGAAGACACCUCUUCAGCAGAAACUGGAUGAGUUUGGUGAGCAGCUCUCCAAGGUCAUCUCUCUCAUCUGCGUUGCUGUGUGGCUCAUCAACAUCGGCCACUUUAAUGACCCUGUCCAUGGAGGCUCCUGGUUCCGUGGUGCCAUCUACUACUUUAAAAUCGCUGUUGCACUGGCUGUGGCUGCCAUCCCUGAGGGUCUACCCGCUGUGAUUACUACCUGUCUGGCUUUGGGCACCCGCCGCAUGGCCAAAAAGAAUGCCAUUGUGCGCUCUCUUCCAUCUGUGGAGACACUGGGCUGCACCUCAGUCAUCUGCUCUGAUAAGACUGGCACCCUGACCACCAAUCAGAUGUGUGUGACCAAGAUGUUCGUCAUCGAGAAGGUGGAAGGUGACAGUGUGACUCUUGACCAGUAUGAUAUUUCCGGCUCCAAAUACACUCCUGAGGGAGAAGUAACUAAGAGAGGCCUUCCAGUGACCUGUGGUCAGUAUGACGGCCUGGUUGAACUGGCCACCAUCUGUGCCCUGUGCAAUGACUCCUCUCUGGAUUACAAUGAAUCUAAGGGUAUCUAUGAGAAGGUUGGUGAGGCCACUGAAACUGCCCUCUGCUGCCUGGUAGAGAAAAUGAACGUCUUUAAUACUGAUGUCCAUGGCCUGUCCAAGGUGGAGAGAGCCAACGCCUGUUGCUCUGUGAUCAAGCAGCUGAUGAAGAAGGAAUUCACACUGGAGUUCUCUCGUGACAGGAAGUCCAUGUCAGUCUUCUGUUCCCCUGCCAAGCCCAAGGCGCCACUGGGCAACAAAAUGUUUGUCAAGGGUGCUCCUGAGGGUGUGAUUGACAGAUGUGCCUAUGUGCGUGUGGGUACCACCCGUGUUCCCCUGACCGGCCCUGUAAAAGAUAAGAUCAUGGCAGUGAUUAAGGAGUGGGGCACUGGUCGUGACACCCUGCGCUGCCUGGCUCUGGCCACAUGUGACACUCCACUGAGGAAGGAAGAGAUGAACCUGGAAGAUUCCACCAAGUUUGCUGAGUAUGAGACUGACCUCACCUUUGUGGGUUGCGUUGGCAUGCUGGACCCCCCACGUAAGGAAGUCAUGGGCUCCAUUCAGCUCUGCAGGGCUGCUGGCAUUCGGGUCAUUAUGAUCACUGGUGACAAUAAGGGAACCGCUGUGGCCAUCUGCCGUCGUAUUGGAAUCUUCACUGAGGAUGAAGAUGUCACUGGCCGUGCCUUCACUGGUCGUGAGUUUGAUGACUUGCCCCUGUCACAGCAAAAGGAAGCGGUGCGCAAGGCUUGCUGCUACGCCCGUGUUGAGCCCUCCCACAAAAGCAAGAUCGUAGAAUUCCUUCAAGGCUAUGAUGAGAUCACUGCCAUGACUGGUGAUGGUGUGAAUGAUGCCCCUGCUCUAAAGAAAGCAGAGAUUGGCAUUGCCAUGGGCUCUGGCACUGCUGUUGCCAAGUCUGCCUCGGAGAUGGUCCUGGCUGAUGACAACUUCUCUUCCAUUGUGGCUGCUGUUGAGGAAGGUCGAGCCAUCUACAACAACAUGAAGCAGUUCAUCCGCUACCUUAUCUCCUCCAAUGUAGGAGAGGUCGUCUGUAUCUUCCUGACUGCUGCUCUUGGUCUUCCUGAGGCUCUGAUCCCAGUGCAGCUGUUGUGGGUGAAUCUGGUCACUGAUGGCCUUCCUGCCACUGCUCUGGGCUUUAAUCCCCCUGACCUGGACAUCAUGGGAAAAGCUCCCCGUUCACCCAAAGAGCCUCUUAUUUCUGGAUGGCUCUUCUUCAGAUACUUGGCUAUUGGAGGUUAUGUUGGAGCUGCAACUGUGGCUGCCGCUGCAUGGUGGUUCCUCUACUCUGAGGAUGGACCUAUGGUGACCUUCUAUCAGUUGUCUCACUUCAUGCAGUGCACUCCUGAUAACGAGGACUUUGAUGGCAUUGAAUGUGAAGUGUUCGAGUCGGCUCCUCCCAUGACCAUGGCCCUGUCUGUGCUGGUCACCAUUGAGAUGUGCAACGCCCUCAACAGCUUGUCAGAAAACCAAUCCCUGGUGCGUAUGCCUCCCUGGAGCAACCUUUGGCUGGUGGCUGCAAUGUCCCUGUCCAUGUCCCUGCACUUCAUGAUCAUCUAUGUUGACCCACUGCCCAUGAUUUUCAAGUUAACUCAUUUGACUGUGGAACAGUGGAUCGUGGUGCUGAAGCUCUCUCUCCCUGUCAUACUUAUUGAUGAGGUGCUCAAAUACAUCGCUCGCACCUACCUGGAGCAAAAAGAUGAGAACCUGGUGGCAAAAAAAUGGGACUAAGGUGUUCAAACAACUAAUAAUGAACGAGUCAACACACCUAAAGAAAGGGUCCCAAAGAAAUGUAUAAAACACAAUGUGCCUUGUGACUGUGAAUAUGAAUGUGAUCUAAGUUUAUAUAUUUAAUUUGAUUUACAUCUUAAUGAAUUAUUCAGUAUUCUAAUAAUUAUAU